UCUCCCCUCAACUGUUCAACCCCAACUAACCACCCAUUUUUUCUUAUAUAUUAUAAUGGUUGCAGAAACCCUCAUCGUCUCCCUUCGUAGGCACAGCAACACAUUCCAUAUUUGAACCAUAUCUACCUUUUCAAAGUGAGGGCUCUACCAUUUCUGUUUCUUGAACUCCCCGCCCACCCCCCAUAAAGCUUUGGACCCUCCAUACCCUUCCAUUCCCCUUCUUCACUCGAGCCCAUAACACUUCACUUCACUCCUCAAAACCACAAGAACCAUCCUUUUCCUUUCUCCCUCCCUCCCUCCCUCCCUCCUCUCUCUCUCUCUCUCUCCCUCUCUCUCGCUCUGUCUCUCGUGUGCAACGAAAAAGCUUCUAGUUUCCGAGAAACCCUAGCGUUUCGGCAUUGAACUGUUGCUGUCAAGAAACAUGUAUAUGAUGGGUUGUCAUGAUGAUGGAGAUCUGUACAUGGCCGACUCCUUCAACGGCCGAAAGCUCCGGCCCCUCAUGCCGAGGCCGGUCACCAAUCCUUCCCCUAAUAACGGCGGCACCAACGCUGCGCCGCCUUGCUUGAGCCGUAUCCACGGUGCCGACAUUUUGGCACUGAAUCACCAUCUCGCGACUAUGGCUGAGCAAAAAAGAGAGUUCAAUUCGCCACAGGUAGUGGUGAGCUCGAGGUGGAACCCCACACCGGAGCAGCUACGGACCCUCGAGGAGCUAUACCGACGCGGGACCCGGACCCCCAACGCCGACCAAAUCCAGCAGAUCACCGCGCAGCUCCGCCGGUACGGCAAGAUCGAGGGGAAGAACGUCUUCUACUGGUUCCAAAACCACAAGGCCAGGGAACGGCAGAAGCGCCGCCGCCAGAUGGAGGCAGGCCCUGAGGAGCCGAACCGUGAUGCUGAAGAAUCAGAAAGGAAAGAAACAGGCGCGAGUAGGACAGGGCUUGAAGUUGAAGAGACCAAGAACAACUGGGCACCCCCUAUAAACUGCAGUACACUAGCAGAGGAACCCGCAGGGGCUACGACUCAGAAGGCACCAAAAGCGGGAUCGGCAGCAACUUUGGCAGAGCGUAGAACGAGAUCGUCGUCGUCUGAUCAGUGGAUCAAAUUCGACGAUGGAGAAUUUCAGUGGACGAGAAGGCACAGCGCCAGCAACUUUCUGGAGAGGAAUGCCACGUGGCAGAUGAUGCAGCUGCCCUCUUGUCCUCAUCCCACCCACCUCAUAAAUACCACAGCCCCGUCCACAGUCGCACCGCCUGCCACCCCAUCUCUCCUCUCCGCCGCUGCUAGGGCAUCAUCGAUGGACCCUAACAAGAUCCUCAAGGCUCAUGAACUCAGGAGCUUCUUCAUGUCCUCGCCGUUCCGAGACGACCACGAUCUGGCAAGCGGCGGCGGCGGUGGCGGCCGAGAGUGCGAAGAGGACUCCCAAACCCUUCAAUUGUUCCCGCUCCGCAGCGGCGACGACUUCGAUGGGAAGAGCGCCAGCCCUCCGUCCCAUCAUCAGCACCAGUUCUUUGAGUUCCUACCUUUGAAGAAUUAGGGCAUGUUGCAUGGACUUGUGUUUCUAAAAACCUGUGCCCAGAUCAUGAUGAUCUCAUGGCGUUUUGUGCUAGGGUUUGAUUCCAUUAUAAUUAUCAUUGUUAUUAUGUAUGGUAUGAUAUGACGAUCUCCGGUUUGGAAAGUGGGGAGAGCAAAGAUGAUGUUGACCCUUUGAUGUUUUACAUUUCAUGGGAGAAGCGAUGGAAUAUUGGGUGGGAUUGCGGUGUGAGAGGGAGGGUAAAUAUUGCCCUAAAGUGAAAUCGACCCACGUUGGUUCUUUCAAUGAAAAAUGAACUAUAUUCAAUGAGAAUUUGACUGAGAUGUGUGUUAACUUUGACAGGGUCAUACGUUGUCCGAAAGAGAGAGAGAAAGAGUAUUUGUGGGAAUUCUAUUCAGAGAGAUUGAUGUGGAAAGGGAGCGUCUGAAUGGGGAAUCCGGAUGUGAGAGGUCCGUUUGAUAUUGAAGUGACUUAGGAAAAAGGCUGGUCUGCUUCGUGGGGGUAGAGGUUUGUUCUCCAUUGCAUUUCGAGAAGAAGAGUGGCAUGUUGUUCAUCAAUUAUUGCUGAAACGAGGGCCUGUGCAGAUGGAAACGGAAAACAAGAAAGCGGACAAUUUCUUCCUCGGUGAAAAGGACCAUGGAGACGAAGCUCCACUACUAUACAUUUCGCUGAUUAUGUCUUAUUCACUCAGAAUUCAACCAA